UAUACCCAUAUGUGCAACUUUUUAAGUAUGAUAUACAAUGGGAAUGAUUUUGCACUAGAUGUAAUGGUACAGUGCAGUAAUUACAUAAUUAGUUUGACUAUUGUUAAUGAAGUUUGUCCAGUUUGAUACUAAACAGGCCACGCAUUGGCAGGAAAUCUUUAUUUCUUCAAGUUUUUGCGUUUUAUAGUCCAGGAAAUAAACUUGCUGAAAAAUCCCAAAGACAUAAAAGAAGUGGUAAAAUUAAAGACUUCUUAUCAUUUAGCAAAAUGAGCAUGCCAGAGCCCAUGUUGCUACUGAAGAUUUAACGCGCAGUAAAUGUCAGAGAAGAUUAAACGCCUCUCCCUGCUGUUAGCAUUACACAUAACUGCCCUGUUCCCUUUUUUCUACCUCUCAUCAUUUUACAAAAGGAUUUGGAUUAACACGGUACGGCUGGGCUCAUGGUUUCAGAGUCAAUCAUUAAACAGACAUACACAUGCACACAUACAUGCACUAGAUCACAUGGUACAACACAGUCCCAGGCCUGCGAGAGUGGGAGUCGGGAGGGAUUCCAUCCUGGAGGAAUCAGGUGCUGUUUGUCACCUGGGUAACCAUGUCUCCAUGGACAGCACAAGCAGCCCAUCAGCCUGUCUGUGCCGGGUCAGGCUGAUCUGAAGUCAGUAGAUAUGACGUCAGCAGACUUAGACCGAGACACUUGGAGUCCCAAAGACGGAGUCACACACGAAGCUACAACUACAGAGCGGUUCCCAUAAACAUUACAGAUGACUGACUUACGCACAGACCAACACUCUGACCAGUCGCUAUGGCGUGACUCAGAUGAUUACUACAAGCAGUACCUGUGCAGCUUGUUUGGGGAAUCGAUUGCUGAGUAUUUUCUCAGCUCUUCCUACCUACCCAGAACCACUCCUGGCUGGUACACGGAGAUAACUGACAACCUGAAAGGUCAGAUAAGUGCCAAGGCAUUAUGGGAAGCACUAAGACAGCACUCUACAAAGAUUUUGGAGGAAUUAGGAACUGAAAGCUCUCAGCAGGUUGAGAGAAUGCUGGUUGAUUGGAACCUGCAAAAAAGACAGGAUCAUCUGCUCCACCUUUCAGUGCUGAGGUUCAUGUACCGCAAUGCUCAGCAGAACCAAGCCCACUCCACCCUCCUCCUGCAGCAGAGAUUCCAGUCUCAUCUCUGUACCCUGGAUAUGCCCGAAGGACCCAGUCAAUAUUUAACAGCAGAGAAGACACUACUGACAGAAUAAAGAGCUUAGCUUGUUAUCCAAAAGUGUAAGAUUAUCUAAGAUCAUCUCUCUUUACUGUAGAAGAAUACCACACAAAAAGCUGUUCAUGCAACAUUUUUGAUUCACAGAUUUUGAUUUGAUCCACAGCUAUGGCACAAAACAUAUUUUUAUGUUUAAUAUCUGAACAUUCUGGUUUCAUGUAACAUUCAUGCAGAAUAACAGACACAUUUAUGACAGUUAAAACGACUUUUAUUUGAUUAGACAUGAUUAGACUGCCUGCUUCACAUCUAAAACCCUGGACUCCUAAGAACCCCUUCAAAAACAUGUGGAAAUGGCUUGGAGAUGGGCCAGGGCUGUAUGGGGGAUGUGGCAAUAACUGCUAGUCAAGUUUGAAAUGUGCAAGUGAUGUUAAAAUGUUUAGACCAUUCUAAUGUUCUACUGUGGGUAGGAGUCCGAUCUACAGUAUGUAUGUGGCUUCUGUAAAAUUCAAUCGUCUUUGCACCUUUAUUUUCAAGAUAUUUCAUCACAAGUCCCAGUUUCCCUUAAACACCCUCAUACAUUAAAUUCUUUUAAUUAAUGCAAUUUUAUAUUCAAGAUAAAGUAGAAGGGGAAAAUACAAUUAGAGCUUUGUUGCUUCUUGUCAGAGUUUUAUGAUAACCUGAAUUCUUUGAAGAAUAGACUUCAGUAAUGAAAAGCAAUAUUCUCAUUUAAGCUGGUUCCAACUUUCCCAAAUAGAAUCAGCUCUGCAGGAUAAAGCCUCGUCAUUGACAAUCUUUUUUCAAAUUCCACCGUACACUUAUUAUAUUUACAUGUCUUUCCUGAAGAACAGCUUUAAGACUUUGCUUUGUGGCAAGAUAUGUGAGCACUUAAUCAUCACCUAACCUUUUUCACAUGAGAGAAAUUGUACUGUAAUGUAUACCAGUGUAUUGACUGUUAACCAUUGUCAUCUUCUCUGGUCCUUUUUACCUGACAUGCAAACCUAUAUGACAGAUGAGUGGAAAAAUUGACUGAAUUUUUGUCUGGUGAUGGUGGAGUGAAACUUAUAAGAAUUCCUGAUAUCACCAUCAAAUUUUCAAAUUCGUGGGUCAGGACUGAAUUUUACUUUCAUCCAGUCACACUCCAUGAUUGCUUCUCUU